UUUCUUCUCCAUGCAUCAGUUCUGAAACCACGUACAAAAAGUUGUUUUCGAAAAUUCGUAUGAUCUGAUAAGCUUGUGCGUAUGUGAAUAUUAUCUAAUUAUGAACGUUUUGUGUGCUUAAUUGUUUAGGACAUUAUUUAAUUGUGUUUGAGCCAGUAAUUUGUAGGUAACGCGAAAUCAUCGGCAACAAUGAGUGUCAUCAUACGGCUGCAGAACCUUCCGUGGUCGGCGAAUGCUCUGGACAUUAGGAAUUUCUUUCGGGGCCUCUCUAUUCCCGAAGGAGGAGUUCACAUCGUAGGAGGAGAACUCGGCGAUGCUUUCAUUGCGUUCAGUACGGACGAGGACGCGCGCCAAGCGAUGAUGCUGGACUGUGGCAAGAUCAAGGAGAUACAAGUGAAACUUCUCCUCAGUUCUCGCUCAGAGAUGCACAAGGUGAUAGAGGCGGCACGGCAGAGCGUGCCCAUACUGUCCUUAACGGCCCCCGCCCCGGCCCCAGUAGCCCCGGCCCCCGCCCCCACUCCCAUUAUACCCACCAUCACGCCCUUCUCGUCCGCAUUGGGCACUCACCCACUUAACAGCUUCGGCAUCCCCGGAAUAGGCAACCCCAAUGAAAUACCACAACCAGCAGUCAUAGAACCGCCAGCGCCACUUAUCAGCCCCCCCACAAUAACUACUAAUAUGGAUGAGGAAAAAGACGAAGAUAAAGGUGAUACUAAACGCGGCCGCGACAAGGAGAAGGAUAGGCGUCGGUCGCGCUCCAGGUCUCGAUCACGCGACAGAGACAGGAAAGACAGGAAACGUGAUCGCCGUGACAGGUCGCGGUCGAGGGAGCGAAGGCGCAGGGAUCGUAGCCGCAGCAGAGAUAGGUCGGGUCGCGACCGCAAGCGAGACAGAAAGGAACGCAGCCACUCCGUCGACCAAUCACCGACUCGCCGCGCCCGCGAUAGGAGAGAACGCAAAUCCCCAAGAAACUCCCAAGAGAAGAAUGACGAAUCUCAAAGUAACGAUUCGUUCGCGGCCGCCGCUCCCAUGAUGGGUAACAUGAUGAAUCCGCUAAUGCCGCCGCAGAUGCCACAAAUGCUGCAACCCAACAUGAUGAUGAACGGCAUGCCCGAUGGAAACGCGCAACAGAAUCGCUUCAACGAUCCUUCUCUGACAGACGCGUUUAACAAACUGCAUGAGUUAGGGAAGAAGCGCAACCCCAAUGCUUUCCAGGGCGAGCAGCAAAACGGGGGUGGAAGGUUCCAAGGAGCCCGCGGGGGCGGUAAUGUGGUUCGUGGAGGCGCUAGUUUCCGUCGCGAAGGUCGCGUGUCUCGCUUCGACAACGAUCAGCCACAACGCGAGUGUUGCGUCGCCAUCAGGAACGCUCCCAACCACACGAGCUACGGCGACGUACGCCGUUUCUUCCCGUUCGUCAUCGACAAACACGGGAUCAAAAUGAUUAACGACCACCUCGGUCGUCGCACUGGCAACAUAUUCGUCAAGUUCUGCGACCCUCGCUCCAAGCAGCUGGCCCUGCAGCGGAAACACAACGAGUUGAAAGGCGCCCAAGUGGUAGUCGAGCCGCUGGACGACGAAGCAUACGAUGGUGCCAUAGACUCCUUUUUGCCGUACCGGGAUGAUAACGACGAAGAAGACCCCUCCCUCGUCAUCGCCGACGAGCCCAAACAACAAAUAUACACCGUCAUAAAACUGACCGAGCUGCCCAACUUUGUGAAAGAACAGGAUAUAAUAAAAACUUUCAGCGACUUUUCGCUUUUGUCAAUAAUGCUGAACGACUGCCGAGUCACCCGAUCCAAGAUCGCGUUCGUGCAGUUCGUCAAACCCGAGGACGCUAAAGCGGCUUUCGAUAGACGUGAAAGAUACAUAUUCGGUCGUCGGCAUCCGACCAUAACUCCGGUGAGCGACGAAGAGUAUGAGAAAGAGAAGCAUAGCCAGAACGACAAGAUGUGCGAGCCGAAGGAGAAGGUUCAAGUGGAGCCGCCCGUGGUAGAGAUGCAGGCGCCUCGAGACCCGCGACAACGCCGGCAGCUCGAAGCCGCGCCUGCACCGCAACCGCAACAGCUGCAGCAGCCAUUCUUCCCUGCCUCCUUCCCCGGCCAACCGGGCUUUGUACCCGGGUUCCCCGGAGCGCCUGCGCCCCAGUUCGCUGGCUUCCCCGGCCCCGGGCCCGCCGCCACAGACCCUCGGUCCGCCGCCGCCACCUGGGCCGCGAGACCCAACCUCCCCAACCCGAUGAAACAAAUGAAAGCCAUGCCCCAACUUCAAGUGACGACUAUCGAUCUAGACGAAGAACCUCUAGACUGCGUACUUAUGAAAGGAUUACCGCGGGACGCGACGGACCGGACUAUAGUCUCGUUCCUCUCCGACACGGGAGCGGUGCCCGCCCGGAUACACCUGAUGUUGGACACGAACGGUCUACCGUCAGGGGAUUGUUUCUGCGAGUUCCGGUCGCCGCAAGAGGCUAGAAUGGCCGCUUCGAAGCACGGCCAAAAUUUGGAAGGCUGUCGCGUCACCGUGGACCUGGUGACGAGGGCGGUCGUCGAGGAGGCUCUCGAGGGCCCAAAGCAGCAGCAGGAAAUGCAGGAGAGCCUGUUAGGAAACGGUCCGCCGCCUGUUCAGCAACAGUUCUUUGAAGCGCCCCAGAGAGGAUUCGGGCCACGCGGGCCCUAUCGCGGUCGCGGUGGAUUCGAUAACAGAGGGGGAUUCGAGGGUCGCAACUUCGAUUCGAACCGGGGAGGAUUCGACCGCAAUUACAACAGAGGCGGGUACGAGGGUCGAGGGAGCUUUCGCAGCCGAGGCUACGAUCGCGGCGGCCGAGGUUUCGAUCGAGGUAGAGGAAGGGGCUUCGGUCGCGGCCGCGGCGGAGGCGGUGGAGGUGGAUUCGAGAACGGAAGAGAUCAGAUCAGACAGGAGGACGACAGCGACCCCACUCUGGAAGAUUUCGGCGCGCCCGGCUGCGUAGUGUCCAUGGAGAACGUUCCCUUCCGCGCGUCCAUCGAUGACAUCCUGACAUUCUUCUCUGAGUUUGAGUUGACUCAGGAUGACGUCAUCAGGCGGUACAACGAGCGCGGCCAGCCGACGGGCGACGCGCGCGUGGCGUUCCGAACGCCCUUCGACGCGCAGCGCGCGGUCAAAACGCGCCAUAUGGACACCAUCCACGACAGACGGAUCAACCUCAUGAUUCUAUAGCAUCCGCGACGAGCUCGGAGCGAUUCGGACUCUGACGUUGAAAUGGCGUAUUUGUAAAUUCACACAUGUGGUAACGUCACAUUGUGUGAAUUUACCCCACCGUGUACCGCGGGAAAGACUGUUUUGUUUCGUGAUUGUAUGUGACAUAGUAUGUAUAAUCAACACUUGUGUGAUUUCGAUCGCAAAAAAUGGACUUCGAAAUUUUAUGUUAAGAAUUUAGUAUAAUUAUUAUUAAUAAAGUAUGGAGGUACUUUAAAU